AUGUCCGUCCCCACCACAAUGAAGGCCGUCGUGGUCGAGCAGACCGGUGGCCCCGAAGUCUUGCAGUACAAGACCUCCUACCCAGUUCCCACACCACAGGAAGGCCAGUUGCUGGUCCGCAACAGCAUUUCCGGUGUAAAUUUCAUUGACACAUACUUCCGCACCGGCUUGUAUUCUUCCCCGAAGCCGGAGGUGCUGGGCCGUGAGGGCGCAGGUACCGUCGCGGCAGUUGGCCCCAACACAUCCGGUUUCCAGGUUGGAGAUCGUGUGGCUUGGUUGGCAAAUGGUGGUUAUGCUGAAUACACCGCUGUUCCUGCAGCUAAGACUGUCAAGAUCCCUGAGGGUAUCAGUGAUGAGGAUGUGAUGGCUUCGUUCUUGAGUGGAAUGACUGUUCUCUCAUUUGUCAAGGAGACCUACCCUGUGCAGAAGGGUGACUGGGUCCUCCUGCAUGCUGCCGCUGGUGGCGCGGGUUUCCUCAUGACUCAGAUCCUCAAGUCUAUCGGCGCAAAGGUCAUCGGAACGGCCGGUGGCGCGGAGAAGUGCGCGAUUGUCAAGGACCUUGGGGCCGACGUGGUGAUUGACUACCGCAGUGAGGAGGGCAAGGAUUGGGUCAAGUUGGUCAAGGAGGCGACAGGUGGCCGUGGCGUUGAUGUCGUGUACGAUUCUGUUGGCAAGGAUACCUGGGAAGGUAGCUUGGAAGCAGUGAAGCGCAAGGGAACGAUUGUGUGGUUCGGUAAUGCCAGUGGACCUGUUCCUCCCAUUCCUCUCCCGAAACUCUCCCCCAAGUGUGUUAAGAUCGCUCGCCCCACCCUCUUUGGCUACAUUGAGACUCGAGAGGAGUUUGAGUACUACACCAAUGAGCUCUUUACUCGGCUGAAGUCUGGUGAGCUCAAGGUGAAGAUUCACAAGGUAUACCCAUUGGAGCAGAUUGCUCAGGUUCACACGGACUUGGAGGGCCGCAAGACUAUGGGCAAGCCCCUUGUGAAGCCUUGA